AUGCAACAAGACCGCCCGCGCAAGUUGCAGCGCAUCUCGCAAGCAUGCGACCUCUGUCACCGAAGGAGCAUCCGUUGCAGGCCUAGCAACGAAGAUGGCGAUCGCUGCCAGAACUGCUACGACUUUGACGUCGCUUGCACGUAUGAACGCCCUUCGAAGCGCAAGAAGCAUCCUCAGGCGCCUGCCGCUCCUCAGCAGCCCUCGACGCGCUCUUCACAGACCCGGUCCACUCUCGCAUCAGACAUGCCCUCCGUUCCCAGCGCUCAGUCCAACUCGACUUCGACGCGUAAUGACUCGAUGGCCAAAGCCAACGAGUUCGCUCCUAUCCCCGCGAGCAUGGUGAACCACGACCCGGGCGAGAUCGAGCUGCCAUGGAAGGCCUUUGCCCUCUCGAGCGAGACGGUCGUCAUGGAUCUCUUCGACGUCUAUAUGGAGAUCGUCUACCCCCUGUAUCCCUUUUUCAACGAGGCCGUCGAGAAGCAGAAGCUCAAGAACAGAGAUUAUUUGACUGACAAAGGCUUCUUCGCGUCCAUCAUGGCCAUGUGUGCUCUGGCUUCGGCUCGUCUGCGCGACGGUGCUGUCCCUUCUAGAAUGCCCGAAUCCGCUCGCAAUCCUGAAGCCUCGUCCGAGAUCUUCUUCGCUGCCGCGAAGUCCGUCUUCACCUCCGAUCUCGACAAACUGCGUGGUGCCGACUACAUCAGGGCUUGUACCCUUCUCUCCUUGACCAGCAUCCAGUACGGCCACUCCCUGGAUGUGCAGCAGUACUCUGGCAUCGGCAGCACUCUGAUCGCAAUGCAACGCUUCUUCGACGAGAAGUACUGGCCCAGUGGUAUGGAAGAGUCUCAAAAGGAAACAUACAGACGUCUCUAUUGGGGUACCUAUACUCUAGACGUCUUUACCGCUGUCGUCUGGAACUGCUUCAUACGAACUCAAGAAGUCCACUUGAAUGUGCGAUAUCCUGAUGAGUCCGACGAAGGAACCAUAGCCAGUACCACUCUUGAAGCUCCUCCUGAACACCACAGAGUCAGUUGGCUCAAGGGAUGGAAUUUCACCAUCGACCUGUAUCGCGUUCUGGAACAUGUCAUCAACAAAUCUCGUGCUAAACGCUUCAAUCACGACGACCGUCGUAGUGUAGACAGUCUCGUCUUUGGUGACGACUUUUCCGAGAAGAGUGUCAUGGCUACCAUGCUUAACAUGUACUAUGACCUACCUCCUCAGUUCAAGGCCACCCCUCCCAUGACUGGGGACCUGACUAUAGACAUCUACGCUUUCCAAGCAGCCAACAUUCAAGCAACACUUCAGUUACUUCGUAUGAUGCUGUUCUCCACAGAGGACGGACCCAGUGUUGACAGAAAAUGCGACGUGGCCAAUGAAGUUUUGUCAGUCUUUGAGACUAUUCCCACAAGGUACCUGCGAGCCAUUAGCACACCUCUUAUCUACCAAUUAGGAAGCAUCGGCUCAACUCUUGGUUCCGUUUUCGAACAGCCGCUCCAGCAUCACGUCUAUGCACGGGUUUGCAGCUCGCUCAAAAGCAUGGCACGUUUGCUCGAGGGACUGGAGUCGAAUCUUCAGCAAUCAUCUGGAACAAGCCAAGGGCUGUGGGCUCAGAUCGAAAAGAUCGAGCAAUACAUGCGCCAAUUAAGACAUGAACCUCCAGUUCAACCGCUACAGCAGAAUAACGUCGCACAGCCGUCUAUGUCGAUGGAAAGUCACAUGUCGAUGGAAAAUCACAUGUCGAUGCCUCCGCUCCAGACUAUCCAGGGUGUUAACAAUGGUAGCAUUCACAAUGGCUUUGUACAGCUACCUUCAGAUCUUGCGUUGGAGUGGCCCUGGCCGCUGUAUCAAGAAGGCUAUUGUCUAGAUAACAACGGCUUCUGA